GGUCCAGAAACCGAAUCCAGCGGAAGUCCUCUGUCUUUGACAACAUCGACCUCCUCUUUGACUUGCAAAUGCUCCGCUACAUUAAAUUACUGGUUCUGCAGGUCAACGUGUCAGAUGUCAGCGCUGCAGGUGAACAGGUGGCUCUUUUGACUUGUAACUCGUCUUAUGUUAAAGGAAGAAUUCCAGGCAAAAACGCUAGAAGCUCAUUGUGGAGGAAGGAGGUCAUCCGUUUGUGAGGAGAACCUGACGAUCAGCUGAAUGGAACAGACAUCUUUUUUCAAGCAGUCCUCGUUCACCAACCAAACGGAACCAACAGUCGCCCUUACUUCCAACAUGUGCGCUCAGGUUGACGGCUCGCCCUACGUCUUUGUACUGGGCUACAGUUUGGUGUUUGUGGUGGGUCUUGUCCUAAACGUCUGCACCAUAAGGUUUUACUUAUGCCAAGCUCAACAGGAGACGUCCAGCAGGAUGAUGGUUUACCUCAAGAACCUGACAGCUGCUGACUUCCUGAUCUGUCUCACUCUCCCCCUCUACAUCGCCAACUACUCCAGCAACUCCAUCACCAUCCGUAGCAUCUACUGCAACGUCGGACCAGCUAUCUUCUACGUCAACAUGUGGGCCAGCAUCCUGUUCCUGAGCUGCAUCGCUGCUAACAGGUAUGUGCAGAUCGUCCGCCCCUCAGGAACGCCGGCGCUGCAGUCGGUUCGAACCGCCCACGUCUUCUCCGCUGUGACCUGGGGUUCGGUCCUGCUCGUAGGGAGCGUGUUUGUUACUCUAAUUAUUGUUAAUCGGGAUCCUCUGAAAUCUGCCCUCGACGGCUGUGAUGUGGAUCUGUCUGCCCACACGCUGGUGUUAUACAAAGUCCUGUAUACCUUCACCUCCACAAUGUUCUUCUUCGUCCUCGUCUCCCUGCUCUUCUUUUACCACGGCAUCUCCCGCACAGUGUCGCUGGCCCAGCAGAACCAGCUGGCCUCCUCGAACUCCACCAUACUAGUGAGGUCACGCAGGAACAUGCUGGUGCUGGUCACUGUCUUCUGUGUGUGCUUCAUCCCCUUCCACCUGGUUCGCCUUCCCUAUGUUUUCCUGUGGACAAAUUGCCCAGUGAACCAUGUGUUUUAUUAUUUAGUGGAGCUCUCCAGGUUUAUGUCUGUUCUCAACAUCUGUCUGGAUCCUGUUCUUUAUAUAAUGUUGUGCGAGUCUUUCAGGAGCCAGCUGAAGCAGAUGAUGCUCUUCAGAGCAGUGACACUGAUGAUGCAAAGACUGAACAGAAACAAUUUGCAUGUGAACACCGUCAGCGUGAAUGGAGCUGCAGUCACACAGGUUACCCAUCGCCCAGAGGUCUGCUGAUGUGAGGUCUGGCCCACGGAGUGUCCCGGACCGGCACACACGACUAACUGAUCCAAUCAUGCAACAUUUCCAGGUGGGGGUUUCUCACUCACAGGGACCAGCAAACCGCUCUCCACCAACAUGACCAAAGCAUUAACACGAAAAACACGAAAUCUGCUGCCAAAAGCAAAAACAAAAUGUUUUCCAUUUUCUCCCAGCAACUGUUGUGUCCACGUGAACAUGAGGGUGCUUUAAACCAUCAACAUUACUGGUUGAAAUUGUCCUUUACUUAGUUAGGCAAAAAUCCGGGUCAACAGCAGGUUAAAAUCCAGGAUAACAUUUCAUUUAUACAGUCUAGUUCUACUGGUCUACUAGAAAUUAUUUUCUGCAAAUAUGUUUCUUCAUCUCAGUCAGUCUGCAUUAAAAGUUUGUCAUUUGUUAUUUAAUGUAAUUUUUAUUGCUAUAUUAUUCACCAGGCUUACUUGUAUUUCUUUUAUUUUAUGCAGAUUGCUGCUCAUUAGCGUGGUUUGAUGAAUAUUACUAUUUGCAUCAUUGUAAUUGUGGAGUUUUUACUGUUGAUGAACACAGUUUAGUUUUAGUUCUGCCCGUUUGAGGCUCAGUUCAGUCUCCUGUAAAGGUUCUGUCACUGGUUUCUCCUGUCAAUAACCGUUUAUUGGGCAACACAGUUGUGAAUUGUCAAUUGCAAAAUGCAUUUCCAUUUGAAUAAAGACUACAAAAAAUAUGACAAUACGAAA